AUGCUACGUUCAAAACUCCUCAGCGCGUUAGCGAUCUUUCAAGUCAGCUUCCUCAGGCCGGCACAGGCACGUCACCCACCUCUCGGAGGUCCCCCUGCGAAUGCCACAGAUCUCAAGAUCAUCCGCUCUCCUCAAGGCGCAGAGAUACGGUUCAAGGAGCCGGGGAUAUGCGAGACUACACCUGGAGUAAAGUCUUACUCCGGAUACAUCUCUCUGAAUGAGACGACGAACAUGUUCUUUUGGUUUUUCGAGAGGCGAAAAGAUCCCCAUGACGCUCCAUUCACACUGUGGCUCGCUGGCGGACCGGGGGCUGAUUCCAUAUCUUCAAUCUUCCUGGGGAAUGGCCCUUGCGACAUCUCUGCAGACUUGACGGCUGAGCACAACCCAUACUCCUGGAACGAAGUCUCUAACAUGCUAUAUCUCUCCCAACCGAUUGGUGUUGGCUUCUCGUAUGCGAGUGCAGAGGAAGCAUGUUUCAACAAAACCUCGGAAGAGUGGGACGACUGCACGGAGCCUAACGGAAGAUACUACAAAGUCGAUCCAUAUGCAUAUCCGACGUCUUAUGCUGCUGCCGAAUGCACGUGGCACAUUUUGCAAGCAUUCAUGACGAACUUGCCACAGCUUGAUCCCACCCUUUCCAACAAAGAUGUGGACUUCCAUCUUUGGACAUCAUCAUACGGCGGUCACUACGGCCCAGCUUUCUUUGACUACUUUUACGAACACAACCUCGCCAUCAGUAACGGCACAGAAAAUGGCACGCGAAUGAACAUGGGAACCCUCGGUAUUCUCGGCGGCUCCAUCGACCUCAAGAUCCAGAUGCCUUAUUACAAUAUCUUCGCCAGCAACAACACCUACGGGAUCAAAGUCAACGACUCAGUCUACACCAUGAUGGAAUUCAUCUACGACAUGCCCAACGGCUGCCGCAAUGCCCUCGACCUGUGCGCCUCGCAAGACCACUCCACCUUCACCGGCAAGGUCGCGUGCGCCCACGCCUCCCUCAGCUGCUAUGGGCUGAUAGGUGCAAUCCGCACGGCGCUAUCCCGCAGCGAGUACGACAUCCGCCGCCCACCACAGAACUCAUCCACGCAGUCCUACUAUGACGAUUUCCUCAACCUCGCCGAAACGCAGGCCGCGCUCGGCGUGAGCAUCAACUACACAUCUCCGUUUUCCGACAUUGUGUACAUGGGCUUCUUGUUCUAUGGCGACGCCGCGUACCCGACGUUCAAGACGGAUUUGGAGGACCUUUUGCAAAAGGGCGUGAGAGUGGCGCUCUUUUAUGGGGACGCGGACUAUGUGGCCAAUUGGAUGGGCGGAGAGGCGGUUUCGUUGGCCUUGGAUUUUGAGGGCCAGGGGGAAUUCAGAAGCGCUGGUUACGCGCCGCUGGUCGUGGGCGGAAAGGAAUACGGCGUGGUAAGGCAGUAUGAGGAUUUCAGCUUCGCGAGGAUUGACGAGUGCGGGCAUGGGAUUCCAGCCGAUCAGCCGAAGGCGAGCUUGGAGUUUUUCAGGAGAACUCUCGAGGGCUUGAGCGUCAGUGACGGAUUGGUGAGGGUGGGGAAGAGCUAUAAGACAAAUGGAACGGCGAAGGCGACGCAUACGGAGAGUUAUGUGCCGCUGGCUACGGAGUAA